AUGCUUGAACAGGAUGGAGGAGACGAAGAAGAAGUAUAUCAUCUUCAAGAACUACAAAUGGGUCUACAGUCGUUUGACAACUCGUCACUAGAUAACACCAAUAGGAAACUACGCGACUUGGAACGCAAACUAUCGCUCCUGUCAUCUUCCUCAUCUCAGCAAACGCAAACUUCUUCUGUUGUUCACAACACUGAUUUAUUUGGUUUGGGGAAACAGAAUAUCCAAAGUCACGUCUUGAACCAUUUACUCGAUAAGAAAGUAGAAGAUAAACAGGAACGGAUCCAUAAUAGCAUUUUCAACCCUAACGAGUUGUUUCAAGAGAGAAGUCAACAGUUCAUGACCACGUUUGGCUCAACAUAUAAUGAUGACAGGAUGAAGAUGAGAUCGAAAGCGAAAACUCAAGAUGUUAAAAGUGCAAGCAAGCUAGCGAGGAAAGAUUCUAUAAACUUGCUUCAGAACAAAUUGGAGAAAAACUCAUUUAAUACGGAUGAUGAUGGCUACAGACUGAUACUGCAGAACUCACAAGAAGAAAAAGAAGAAUCACCAGAGGAAGAAGAAGAUUUUGUGGAUACUACUUUGGAAAUUGGAGACGAUGACCUGGAUUUCGAAAAUGACAACCACAAUUGCUCUUGCAUUCAUGAUGACAGCGACGACGAGUUCAACACUGCAGAUGGCCCAUAUAUGGACGAGGGCCUUUUGCUGCUGCUGCUGUUGCCACCGUCGCCUCCACGUUCGCCGCCACAGGAUCUCGAUCCAAGCAAAUUGUACGGCCUAUACAACUUUUCAGGCCCCGAGCCAUCGCAUUGCACUUUGUCUCGAGAUGAACCAGUACAUUUAGUCAACGACGAAGAUAAUUACUGGUGGCUAAUACGGAAACUAACAAAAAUAGAACGCAUGGAACGGCUUCGCAAUUUGGGAGCUGAAAUACCGGGGGACCAAGAAAUUGACCUGGAUGACGAGGAUGGCAAAAUCGGGUUUGUUCCUGCCGAGUGCCUUGAAACUCACGGCGAGCGAUUGGCAAGACUCAAUUGUCGCAAAAAUGAAGAAAUGGAAAAGAUUGCCGAGAUUGAUAUACGAGUCAGGAAAAUCACCAUACGGCUGAAUUCUAAUGUGAAAUCAGUCAAGUUUGAAAAUGUGGGUGAUCUAACAGAAAGUGAAGAGGAAGAACAGGCAAAAGAAGAAGAAGAAGAAGUAGUAGUGGAAAAAGACGGCGUAUACGGUGCUGACUUGGCCACGAGCGUCUAUGGAACGGGCAUCAGACAAAACCUUAUGCUGUUCAACGUCGAUAGCCCCGAUAUUCGUCCCGCGGUUGAAGAGCCAGAGACACUAAGCGACGUGUUCCCAACCGGUGCACCUUUAAUUAUCAAAAAGAAUGUCAGACUGGACCUCAAGGACAAGAACCUGAAACCGCUUUCCUCUUUACUGCAGGAAGAUCAUCAUUCAACCGGACUACCAAAGUUAGUUGUGGUUCCGCCUAGAAGUGAAUUGAGAGCCAAGGACUAUCAGACGCUUAAGAAAUUGCGGGAUUUGCACAAGAAGAGAAGAUCGCGUGUCUUGGAUAGCUUGACGGACAUCACUGAUGAUCUCCAAGCACAAUUGAACUUGGAAAGCGCAGAGGAUGAGCGUAAAGGAAGCGAUGGCGACGAGCAAUGGGAAGAAGGAGAUUCUUCUUUUGAUAUUUCACGGGAGAGUUGCAAUGAUGGAGAAGUGGAACUGGCGUUGGAAGCGGUUGUCGGAUUGGAGCCGGAGGAGGAGGACAAACAGCAGGAAAUGGAAAUAGAGGAGAAAAAGCAAAUGGAAAAGGAGGUGGACAAAGUGCAAGAAGAAGACUAUGACACCGAUGAUGAUUUUGGAUUCUCCUUUGCAAGUUAUCAAUCCGACGAAAUCAUUGCAUUUGUUCCUGAUGUAAAAGUGCGACCUGUCACGAGCUCAUCCGAAGCAGAGGAAGAAGAAGACGACAGUGUUCAAGAAAUUGAUAAAAAGAGUUUCGAACUAGCGGUGAAAUGCGAGGACUCAAGUCGCACCACUAAAGCUGCGAAACGAAUGAAAAAGACCCGAUCUGAAGGUGAGACUGAGACAAGCCAUAAUCGUGUCGCUAUUCCAUAUGAGGAUACGCCGCCAAGGGGCGAAAUGGUGACCCCCGUGAAAACCUCGAGAGACGUGCAGUUUGAUCAACAGACAAAUACUCUGUCAGCCAGCAGCCUCAAUUUUCGUAAUUCACCCAGCUUACGCAGCCAGACAGGCGAAUUUGAACGUUUAUCACCCAUAUUGUCGAGUCAACUGCACCCAUGCGUGGGAGGACAAUCGCCUUCACCCUCUUGCGUCGUGAAACUGGAGUUUAUAGAGUCGCGGAAUUCAAGUUUGAGGGGAGGAUGUGAGUCAUCACCUUGUCCUGGAGAUAAGGUUCGACCCAAGGAGUCGUUGAGGAUUCCCAUGUCCUCGCCCAUUUUGCAACAAAAGACUCCUCCCACAACAUCCUCAACUGAGAGUCUCAAUGGAACCUCGUUGUCGCCGACGUUUCGCAUGGGAAAAUCGCAGCAAACUGGGUUGAAAGUGGCCAACAGCAGCAGCAAUUUCGCUGGUUUUGAAAACAACAACGACAAAAGAGGCGUCUCUUCGCCUCAAUCCAGCACUUCUAGCAUUAACAACAUUCCGCACAAUGGCAGUUUCAAAUCACCGCUAUCCCGCAGCUCAACUUUGAGUCCGAUGUUUCGGAAUUCUCCAGUCUCUCAACCGUAUCGCGGACCUUAUCAAUUACAUUAUCAACAGCAAAGUUAUGGCAGCUUUCGCGGGAAGAGCAGUUUAGACUUCAACGAUGACGACGACGACGACGACGACGACGAAGAUGAUGACGACAUGGUAAGUGAUACAGAGAGCAAUCGCCAUAGUUUGGAUGACAACAUCACGCCAUUGACAAGCAUGAAUUCGCUCACCACUUUGGAGGAUCGCAGAAAGACUAAAUCCGUGCAUGAAUUGUUCAUGCCGAUCUUGGGGAAAUUCGAUGAACUCGCUGAAAAACUUGCCGAGUUGGAUGAUAUACUUAAAUGA